CUGGGCCCGCCUCCCGCAGUCGAUGGCAGCUUGGCGGGAGCCGGAGAAGAGAGGGGAGAAGGGAGAAGUGGGGGCCGGCGCCAGGCGAAAGCUCUCCUUCUCAGGCUCCUUCUGCGGCCCAAGAGAGCCCCGCUUUCCUUCUAUCCCUGGCCAAAAGGACGAGAAGGAGCACGAAAAAGCUGGAAAGGUCCGCUCCCUCCUCGCCUGACAGAGGAAAGGGUCGCCCUCGGAGGAGGAAGACACUCGGCGGAGAGGUCUUGUGUCACCAUGCAGCAUUAUGGAGUAAAUGGCUAUUCUCUCCAUGCUAUGAAUUCCUUGAGCGCCAUGUACAACCUUCACCAGCAAGCAGCACAGCAAGCUCAGCAUGCCCCAGACUACAGACCAUCGGUGCAUGCCCUCACGCUGGCAGAGAGACUGGCUGACAUCAUUUUGGAGGCCCGUUAUGGCUCCCAGCACCGCAAACAGAGGAGAAGCCGCACAGCUUUCACAGCCCAGCAGCUGGAAGCCCUGGAGAAGACUUUCCAGAAGACCCACUAUCCAGAUGUGGUCAUGAGGGAAAGACUGGCAAUGUGUACCAAUCUGCCAGAAGCAAGAGUACAGGUUUGGUUUAAAAACCGAAGAGCUAAGUUCCGGAAGAAGCAGCGCAGUCUGCAAAAGGAGCAGCUACAGAAACAGAAAGACUCUGAAGCCAGCCACAGUGAGGGCAAAGCAGAGACCCCCGUCUCAGAAGCACAGACUCCAACUCCUGAUGAAGACAAAUCUCUGAAUUUGCCAAGUGAGGUAAAUACAGAACUCAACCUGACUCUGUCAGAGCAGUCAGCCAGCGAGUCAGCAGCUGAGGACCAAACAGACAGAGAGGAGGAAUUCAAGAUAUCAGUGGAGGAGAACAAAGCUGAGAAGAGCCCUGGAGCAGAAAGCAAAACCCUGAAUAGCAAGAGGGCAAGCCCAAAAGCAGAUUCCCCCAUCAGUGCCGCAGCCACGCCAUCUUCCAGCAGCAGCCUGUCUCAGAGCCACUCCUAUUCCUCCUCACCCCUCAGCCUCUUCCGCCUGCAAGAGCAGUUUCGCCAGCACAUGGCAGCCACAAACAACUUGGUCCAUUAUUCAUCCUUUGAAAUGGGGAGUCCUUCUACCGUGCCAUACUUGGGCAUGAAUGUCAACAUGGCACCCCUAAGCUCACUGCACUGUCAGUCUUACUACCAGUCACUCUCCCAUGCCCAGCAGAUGUGGUCUUCCCCUAUCCUCCAAGCCUCCUCUUCUCUCCCAAGCCUGAACAGUAAAACAACCAGUAUUGAGAACCUACGUCUGCGUGCCAAGCAACACGCUGCCUCUCUGGGGCUGGAUACUUUACCAAACUGAGCUUCAGGCAGGCAAAGAAAAAGAAGAACCAUGGUAAGAGGCCAGACCUCAGCUUACUACAAGGAAACACACUAUGUCUUUGCUACUUGAAUGGGCUGGUCUUUGACAUGCAACACACAGCUCUCCAUGUUCUCCCUCAUUAGGAUGUGUCCUUUCAUGGGGAAACAUUGAUGUAAUUCUGGUUUCUGCACUGGGCAUUGCUACUGCCUGUUCCCACUGACCUAUUAAAAAGAUACUACUGAAAGGACAGAUAUUUUAAAUGUGAAAUUGUCUUCAAAACUGUGAGUCAAAUAUGUAAUAUUUGGAAAGAUUCUUUCGAUGAUGCUAUGAUAAAUGUUAAUUGUUUUGUUUCUCUGGGGAGAAGAGGAAAGAAUGCCCUGAUGUACAUAGUUUAUAUGAUAUUGGCGAUGUUCCUUCACUUGUGUUUUAAUGUCAGUGUUGCCUUAUGCAGAAUUGUGAAGCACUUCCCUUUUCAUUUCUUUUAUAAUCAUUCUUAUAUAGUAGAUAUAACCAACACUGUAAUCAAAACUAAAGAAAAGAAACGAAUAUGUUUGUCUGUUGAUCUCAUGUGGUCUAAGAUCCAGGUUCGGUUUAACAUAAAAAUAUUCUGUAGUCUCAGUGGCAUUUUCUUCUACCACCCUUUGUGCACACAUUUUAAGACACCAUUAACAUUCAGUUCCUCUGUAAUUAGUCCCAUCUUCUGAUAGCAAAGUAUCCAUCUUCAAAACAUUUAUUCAAAUGAAAGGUAUGGGAGAAAGGAAAGCUCUAGAAUUUAUUUUUCACACAUCCCAAAGAUAUUUUUUUUAAUCCAGUUUUUCUUUUGGUUCACUGAAAUGUACAAAGUUUGCUCUUUGUGAUUUGUGUGUGUGUGCGUUAAAGCAUUUGAGACAAUAAUGGAUAACAUGUUUAUCAUUCUACUUCCCAUUAUACUUUUAUCUAUACAAAAUGUAGUACCCACAUAUUUUUCCCCCUUCAAAUGAUGAGGACUCCUAAGUAUAAAUUGAGCAUCCUUUGUCUGAAAUACUUGGGACUAGAAGUCUUUUGGUUUUCAGAUUUUCCCCAGAUUUUGAAAUACCCGUAUUUGCAUAUAUGAAACAUAUACAUCAAAAUAUUUUGGAAAUAAAGCCUGUCUAAACUCAAAAUGCAUUUACAUUUUGUAUAGAUAAAGGUUUCCCCUGACAUUAAGUCCAGUCGUGACCAACUCUGGGGGUUGGUGCUCAUCUCCAUUUCUAAGACGAAGAGCCGGCACUGUCCAUAGACAUCUCCAGGUCAUUUGGCUGGCAUGACUGCAUGGAGCGCCGUUACCUUCCCGCUGGAGCAGUACCUAUUGGUCUACUCACAUUUGCAUGUUUUCGAACUGCUAGGGUGGCAGGAGCUGGGGCUAACAGUGGGCGCUCAUUCCGUUCCCGGGAUUUGAACCUGGGACCUUUUAGUCCGCAAGUUUUGGUCCGUUUUGUAUACACCUUAUAAAAUUGUCUAAAGGUAAUUUUAUACAAUAUUUUAAAUAAUUUUGUGCAACAAAGUUGGUUUACUUGGAACAUAAAAAGCAAAGAUGUCAGUAUAUCAACCAGCCAUGUGGGCAAUUUUGGAGGAUUUCGGAAUUCUGGAUAAGGGAUACUCAACUUGUAUCUUUAAUGGUACUGAGUAGAACAAAUUAAAUUGAAUGCUUAUGACUUGGACAUGUAAUUAAAAAACUUAAAUUAAGUGGAUCAAAGUGGUCUUCAAUUUCACUUUGAGAUACUUUGAGGUCAUAUUUCAUGUAGAUUAAUGCCAUAUAACUGAUGUCAUCUUUAAGACUUUGGGCGUUUGCACAAAUUUUCCCCUAAUAUUUAACUGCAUUAAUUCAAGAGGAAAGAUCUUAGUUCAAUUUCAUUACAAGAUUUUUCCAGAUUUAUUUUAAUACCCAUGACUGGAUAGUGGGACGAUCUUAACAACUGAACAAUUGGUAUGCAUAUGUGUAGGGUUGUUGUUUUUUUGUGUAAAAUAAAUAAGUAAAUCUCAAGUUAUUAUUAUGCCUAUUAUUACUGGACUUUAAAGAGAGAUGGGAACAAUUCCUUCAAUGGCUGGAAGCACUUUAACUCCCAUGGCUACAUCCUAUGCCAUCCUGAGACUGGUGAUUUAAGGAGGGGCACUAAGAAUUAUCAGUCAGAGCACUCAAAUCCCAGGAUCCCAUAGGAUGGAACCACUGCAAUUAAAGCAGAAUCAUAACGUUAUAAUUUCUGUAGAGUGAAAGGGCUCCAGUUCUAUUCAGUGGGGCUCAUUCCCAUUUGUACUGCUUCCUAAAUUUACAUUGUGAUAGAAAAAAAACCCAGAUGAUUUAAACAACUACCUUCAAAUUAAUGUGGUCAUAGCGAUAAACAUUUAGAUAAUUUAGAUGAAACUAAAAUAUACAAAGAUAGGAUUUUACAUUGAUUUGCAUUUGGGACUCUUUUUAAAAAAUCAUGCCACUUAGAUUAUGUGUAUUUCCAGUCAUUGAGUCACAGAAAGAAAUAAAAAAACUCAGAGUCAUGAACUCACACAACCUUCAUCCCUUCACUUAAUAGUAGGCUGAUUUACUUAUUUUCAAAAUAUUCUCAGUUAUCCUCAGUAGCUUCUUCCCAGAGUUGUUGUAUGUCCAUAGAGGAACAAAAUUUAUCCCAAUCACUGAAGUAGGCAUUCCUAAAGAAUUAAACAAGUGUGGCUUCUUUUUGUUUACUUUCCCACCCCCUCUGGCAUGAACAGCUAGGGCAUAAUUUAAAAUACAGUGUCACUAUCUUUGAAAAUGAGGAAAGUGUCUAACAUUUGUGAGUGUACUCAUGCGCGCACACAUCUACACACAAACAUCCCAGUAUAUGUGUCAAAAUGGCUUUAUUAAUUAUAAAAAGAGCCAAGUUCUGCAGCUGGUUUAACUAUCAAAUGAAAUAAGUACAUGCGAAAUUAUUUAUAUACUUAUUUUAUUGCUAAUAUUAUUUCAAAUUUCAUGAAAUAUCAUUGCCUAAAAAAAACUGCAUGUAUUUGGGUAGUUAUCUGAAAAUGAGCUUUCUAUUUCAUCCACUGUGUCAUCUUAUAUUUCUGUUUUUAAGUGUCACAACACAUCAGUUUGGAUUUCAAGUCUCAGUAUCUGAGAACUCUACCAGAUCUUAGAUCUUAAAGUUUUGUAACAAAAAGUAGUGUGAACUUAGAAUGGAAACUGGCUGUACUAAGAUUGGAUAUUACGAAGAAGUGCACUAUUUUAAGGAGGCUUCUGAAAGACAGUUUACAGUAAUCACGGCAUCAGUUCAGAGUUACUGAACAUGAACAGGAGAACUUUGAUAACAUGAAAGAAAUUUCUAUAUUAUGGUAGGAUUUGGAAAAGACACAAGACAGGGUUAUGAUGGUUGAUUUAAAAUCAAAGGGAACACAAGUCAGACUAAGGACCUCAUCACAUUGAGAUCCUUGAUGCAGGGGACAGUGGUGGGACGGGGGACCAUAAGGCAGUGGGUCAAACUGUGGGGCAAAUCUGUUACCCAGUGCCCUCAUCGCCCAUACCACCCACUUGCCCAUCACAUACCACAAAGCAUACCUUUCUGGCAUGCUUUCAUGUUGUCCCCAUGAUUUCCAAUCGGAAUACGGGAAGUCUCCUGUGUUCAAAUUUUCCACAUCCUACCACACUUGCAAAAGGUAACAAACUAGACACUCUACAGAUUCAUUUUUUGUACACUCAUGAGAGAACCCUCACAUCUUUUCCACACAUGAACACACUCCCACCCAAGUGUACAUUUGCAAUCUCCUUUUUUCAUACAGAUAUAUAGCUGGGAGACUGCCAUAUAUAUGCAAAACAACGACACUUUAUAACAGUGGAAAACUUUAUUCAAAUGUUCAGGAGUUAAAUACAGUGAAUGAGCAGAAGAAGUGAAACUUUCCUUCCACAAACUGACACCAAUUACGGUUGCCAGGUCUAAGCCAUCCUAAAUUCUGUCAUAACACAAGGGAUGGGGCUAUUGAUGCUCUGUGUGUGUAUGUGACUUUUAGUUGCCUGUCAACUUAUGGUAACCCCAUAUACAUCACAGUGUUUUAAGCGAAGAAUACUCAGAGAUAUUUUUGUCAGUUCCUACCUGUGAAAUAUAGCCUAUAGCACCUGGUAUUUUUUGCAGUCUCCCACCCAAGUACUAACUACAUCUGACUAGUUUGAAGUUUCCAAGAUCAGAUGGGAUCUGAUACCUUUAAAAUAUUUACAAGGGUGAUAUCACAUGGGACAGUCUCUGUUGAUAUUCAGAAGUUCAGCAUUUGUUGCAAUAGCAAAGAAUAUCCCAUUCAAAUCUAGAACUUAGAGAGAGGGAAGUGGAUAUACACACAUUAUUUGAGGCCGUUGUCUCAUUCUGUGGCUUCUCUCCCUUGAUCUGAGGAGAGAAGAAGAGAAUCCAGGAACUUAUAAAUGGCAACCCAAGCACAUACACAAGCAAAACCUCAAACUAUUGCUCCCUUAGCUGCAGUUGGGUUUAGGAAAAAAACCUUUACAUUGGAACUACAGUGGGGAGAGUGAGAUGACAAGAAUGUUCAUAGAGCAUCAGACUAAGCCCCCACUCUUCCCUGUCCCAUUUUUUAAAAGUCUGCUUAUGUAGAAUGCCAGACAUCAAGGAGCAGAUUAGACUAGAACCCUUCUCCCUGCUAGAUUUUUUCUAAUGUGGGGAAAAUAUUUUUCUACCAAAAAAAAAACAAACACCCUAUCUGUUGUUCAUUUUGAGGUGACUUUGCAUAGAAGCAACUGUACUUACCUUGACUGCUGUUUUGAGAGCUAUAUAAUCUAACUUUCAAGGAUGAAGGUGUAAAUAAUGUUAACAGGGAAUUAACACAUGCCAAGAGAUGCUUAAUAUUUUCAACACUUUUUUGUUUUGAAAAGGGAAGCCACAAUAUGCUCUUCUCAAAGAGUGUAAUUUGUAAUAAGAAUAGACUUUAACCAUACGAAUACCAUGUUGUAGCUUGAAGAACAAAAUAGCCCGAACAUGCACUCAGAAAAGUAGAUUCAAAACUCAUUGAAAAUGAGCCAUCUUGUUUUGACUGUGUGAAAAAGAAGUCUGAGCAGACAUUCUGUAAUGUUUAAGAUGAGUGCAUUUCCUAUGGAGAUCAAAGUAGCCAUGAACAUAAUUUGCUGGGGAAUAUAUUUCCUCCAACACCAAGAGUUUUUUUUUUAAAAAAAAUAAAGCAUACAGGCACUAAACAGGAAAAGAAGUUCAUAGAUUUCUAAAUUAGUCUAAAUUAGUCAGUGGAAUUGAGAUUCACAGUAUAGGUGGCAACCACAGACCCAUAUCCUGGAGAGCAUGGCCUUUUGAAUAUCCUUGUCUGUGGUCACCACUUAGAGUACCACUAGUGUAAUGCUCCUAUUUAGUUAGUUACCUGUAAUCAUGCAAUUUCAAUGGAGGUGAUGGAAGUAUAGUUAAGGGGCUAGAUCAAGACAUUUUGUUGCAUAAGGCAGAGCAACAUACGGUACCCACCCUUCAAGUCUAAACGCACAAUACCAAAAGCCAGACACAUUAUUUUAGCAUCUGAAAGACACCAUCCCACAAGCACCUCUUCCCCAACCUAGCACUAAAACUCUAUACAAAGAAAUGGAUAAAGUAACACUCUGCUGCCCUUUUACAUCAACUAGAAUGUAGUGCUUCAUUCUGCCCAAUGGUAGGUCCAACCAUGAUAGUGUACCUUGUUGGGACUAAUAGAAAGGUUUCUGCCACAUGGGCUAUAAAAGGCGACAAUGAAACCCUUUGUAGGAGGAGGUUAUAACUUGGGGUAUAUUUUAUGAGCAGUGCACUUACUAUCAAAUUGUAAAGAUCCUCUUUGUCUUUUGAAACCUUGCUUACUAUUAAGGAGAAGGUGUGACCAAUCUAGAAAUAGCUUGAGGGUUUAAUAAAAAACAUUCAAAUCAGCUGUGUUGAAUCAUUUUAUGUCACUAAGCCCACUUGAUGAAGGCAUUUCCUACCCAAAAACAUGCAUGUCUGCCAUAUCAGGAUAAAGGAACAAAGCAUUUUGAAAAGGUCAAACAUCAAAGCUAUGUACCAUAUGAUUUUUUUAAAAAAAGCUGUAAUGUAACAAUUUUGUGCUGUUGGAUUCACUACCUGGCAAUGCAAACUUGUGUAAUAUUUAUUUAUUCUGAUAGUUUACAAAAGAAAUCCAGUUGUGUUCAUUUGAAGCAGGCUGCAGCAUGAUGCUAUGUAUACAACUUGUGUCCGUCUUGCUUUAUGUAAUAUUGCCUGUUUUCAUAUUCGGAUAAUAAAAAUGCAAGAAAAUUG